GUCCUUACGUUCUGUAUUAUGACGUGUAUAGGGGAUGAGGACAUUUGAGAUAAAGCCGAGUUCUUGCAGAAAGUGAGGCUGUUACUGAUUCAUCGCUGCAUGGGACUCGGUGCUGCCGGUAGGAUGUCUUGAUUGAGUGGAUCCGGCAAACAUUUCACUCUUUGAUACAAUGCCUGACCGUGUGGGCCUGAGGGCUCCUGGGAGCUGGAGAGCGUUGGUUUGUGGACCGAGGAACCUCAUAAUGAAGAAUGUUUUUACUUGCCAUCUCUUGAAGACCAUCAUGCUGGGUCAGGUCCUGUCCAUGCUGAUCUGUGGGACGGCCGUGACUAGUCAGUAUCUGGCAGAAGCUCAUGUGGAGACGCCAAUGAUGCAGAGUUUCCUAAACUACGCUCUGCUGCUCCUGACCUACACCACCACUCUGUCACUCAGGAGAGACGAUGAGAGCAUUUUUCAGAUUUUGAAAAAGAAGUGGUGGAAGUAUUUGCUGAUGGCAAUCACGGAUGUUGAGGCAAACUACACAGUCGUGAAGGCUUACCAGUUUACUACACUUACAAGCAUUCAGCUCCUGGACUGCUUUGUGAUCCCGGUGCUGAUGGUGCUCUCCUGGUUCUUCCUGAAGACCCGUUACAGGCCGCUGCACUUCAUUGCUGUGGUUGUGUGUCUGCUUGGGGUUGGUGCAAUGGUAGGAGCUGACCUGCUUGCUGGAAGAGACCAGGGCUCAGACUCUGACGUGUUACUAGGUGACGGCUUGGUGCUGAUCAGCGCUGCUCUGUAUGCCGUGUCUAACUUGUGUCAGGAAUACACAGUGAAGAACCUGAGCAGGGUGGAGUUCUUGGGCAUGAUGGGACUUUUCGGGACACUGAUCAGUGGUGUACAAAUGGCUGUACUUGAGAUUGAAGCGGUCAGUAAGAUCAGCUGGGACUGGAUAAUAUGUCUGCUCUUCCUUGCCUACAUGCUGUGCAUGUACGGCCUGUACAGUUUCAUGCCUGUGGUGGUGAAGAUGACCAGUGCUACAGCGGUGAACCUCUCGCUGCUCACGGCUGAUCUCUUCAGUCUCUUUUGCGGCAUUGUACUCUUUCAGUACAAGUUCUCAGUCCUGUACAUCGUGUCAUUUGUGGUGAUCACCAUCGGCUUCAUCUUGUUUAACAUCGUUCCCACCUACACACCAGAUGUACAUGAAGCCACCCAGAGUGCUUAUGAGAGUGUGGCUACGGCAGACGCGGUGCAGGCAGACGGAGACACUGCACUGGACUGGCAGAAAGAUGGAGAGCAGGAGGAGAAGUGUGGACACACAGAACCCUGUACUACUCUCUGUACACUGAAAUGCAGGGUGUAACCCAACACUCUACAGUGUAGAGUUUACAGUGUCAGAUAUGCCUGAUUGUUAAAGGCGGUGCCUUUUUCCUUUGACCAGUAACGAUUUAUAUUUUUGUUGAUUUUUAUUGGAUUGGAUUCAGCUUUUACGUUACAUAAUGAAGGGGUUUUCCUGAACUUGGCUGAGUACAGUUGAUACGGUUUUAUUUAGUCUGAAGUUUAAAUGUUGCAUUCUGUUCGUGAGGAGUGUUUCUUUCACGUCAAACAAGGUUUUACAUGAUUGCAAUGGUCAGUGGUUACAGUGUUUAUAUUGGGUAUUAGGAUUAAUACUUGUUUUUUUUUAAGCUGCUUUUUCUGAAUAUAGCUGUAAUACUUUUGAACUCCUGUUUUAAAUCUAGAAGAUUAUCACUUCAUGAAGUUGUAUUCCAUUGGUGCUUAAAUCAUUGUCACGAAGUGACUUUACAAAAAAAAAAAAGUUUUACUGUUUAAAGCAGAUGUACCAACUAUA